CCCCCUCUGGCUCCUCCGCUUCCUGUUGCCGCGAUCCGGGCCGGGAGCUGCGGGCGCCCGGGCGCCCGAGGCUUCCCGGUACGCUCCGCCAGGUAACCGCUCGGCGCGAACUGCCCGGCCGGGGUGGGCACCGGGGCCGCGCGGCCCACUGGUGGGGAAGGAGGCGGCAGAGGGCCCGGGCUCGCCUCCGAAGGGGAGCGGGCCUCCUCCUGCCUCGGACGCCCGAGGCCUUCCUGCGCCAGGCUGCGGCGCCAGCGGGAUGCAGGGAUAACGGUGCCUGGCUCCGGCUCUUGGUCCGGGCGUGGCCGAGCGCCGCAGGCACCGCCGCGCGGAGAUGCGAUCGCCGUCCCUGCGAGGCCCCGGGGCCCGCGCUCGCCGCCAGCCACGCCUGCUCCAAGGCUCCUCCUCGCCAGUCUGGCCCUGGAACGGGAGAAACCAGGAGAGGAGCCUUGGACCUCUGAGCGGCGAUGGCCUUCCAAAUGCCCUUCCGUUCUCUGGCAAAAACCAAGAGCAAAAAGCCGAAACCCACACAGGGAGUUCCCAAGGUCACAGAGUUGUGUCUGCCAUUUACGAAUGUCUGUUCUUUUAUUUAAGUGUUUGUAAAUGGGCUACUGUUUUCUCUGUUCUGCCAAGGAAUUAGGAUUCAGAGAAGAAGACUCUAAAAAUACUAAUAGGCAUAUCCAAAUGAGCUGAUCCGCAUUACUGGCCAGUGACCCUGGCCUUUAGAAGGAGAUAAGGGAGGGCAGUUCUCUUCACGUGGGAUACUUUGUAUUUCUGGCCCUUACUCUGAGAAUUGGCAUUGAUGUUUUACAAAGUUUAUCUCAGAACUCCAUGUCAGAACUGGACCGGACUGUGGAGUUCUUCAGUCCUAGUCUCUUUCUUUCCUUUCCCUUCCUCCCCUUCCUCUUCCUUCUUUUCUUUUCUUUAAUUUCUUUUUUUUUUUUUAACUGUGGUUCUAGAGGUUAAAGUGAUUUGCCCACACUCUUAUGGCUAGUCUCUCUAGGGACAGAGACAGAAUUGGAACCCAGGUCUAUUAUGGACACCUACUGUGUUCUUGAAUGGAAAUCUGAUUUCAGAUGAAAGCUGUACAGAACUUGACCUUCAUGAAGCCCCUCUCUGGAUAGCAUUCUUCGGAAGUGGCUUGUGUAUUGACGUCCACAGAUAACUAUUUCACUGGUCAGAAUAAGGUUAAGCAAUAAGCAUAGCCAUGCAGAAAAUGUCUGCUGAGAUGAAGUAGAUAUCUGAUAUGUUUUUGACUUUUUAUUUGUACGUUUCAAUGGAGGAGCUAAUGAAUACUAACUAAUAACAACAUCUUGCUCAUUUUUAGAUUUUAGUCCUGUGUGACUAAAUUGACUCAGUUAUAGUUGUUCUUGUCCUAACAUAUUUGUCACCAGUAAAAGUUCCAAGGUACAGCUUUCUGGCUUCAUUUCAUUUUUAACUGAAUAAUUGCCUUAAGGAUAUUUUUAGAUCUCAACAAAAACUCCCCACCUCUUGAACCUUAGAAUCCUUCUGCUUCACUCUUGGCAAAUCUUUGGGUCGGAUUUCAGAACUGAAUAAAGCCAGGAUUUCCCCCCAACCUCCAAGAUGUCUGGACUCUUUGUUUAGUUCUGUAUUUAAGUUUAUCCUAAGUUUUGUUUUUGACUGAUGAACCUGUGACCCAAAUCCAAACCUCAGCUGAAUUUAGUAUCAGCUUAAAACCACAUUAAACUGCCAUGUGUCAUGUGACCUCUAGCAGAAACCAACGUGGCAGUGUUCUGUUUUUUCAUGAGUGCGUUUCAUUGGGGUUUUUGAACUGUGAAGACAUUAUUUAAUACAUGUGCUUUAUUUUCUGUGUAUUAUUGCCCAAGGUCAGUCAUCGCUAGAGGGUUAUUAUUGACAUUUACUCAUCAUAAAAUGUGAUGUCAGCCUACCAGCUCGGAGUGCAGUUCCUGGUUUCCAGUUUACAACAUUCACCAGUUGCUAACAUGUUAUCUCUGAGGAACUUGGAAUGAUAAAUACAGCCAUACUUAAAUAGAAGAUUCUUGGCCGUGUAGAUAAGGAAAAUAAGAUAAGGCAAUAUUUUUGAACUAUUCUAUAAUAGAAAUGAGGACAUAUGCACAAAAUGACCCAAUGCUGUUUUCUUAGGGUGCGUCCUUUGUUUUUCUGGUUUUGGUCUUUUCAUCACAGGAUGGCAUUAGCUCUGUGUCUGCAGGUGCUGUGCAGCCUGUGUGGCUGGCUCUCGCUCUAUAUUUCUUUCUGCCACCUGAAUAAGCACCGAAGCUAUGAGUGGAGCUGCCGGCUGGUCACCUUCACCCAUGGAGUCCUCUCUAUAGGCCUCUCCGCUUAUAUUGGCUUCAUUGAUGGCCCAUGGCCUUUUACCCACCCAGGCUCACCCAAUACACCUCUCCAAGUUCAUGUCCUGUGUCUCACCUUGGGCUACUUCAUCUUCGACUUGGGCUGGUGCAUCUACUUUCAGUCUGAGGGUGCCUUGAUGCUGGCUCAUCACACAUUGAGUAUCUUGGGCAUUAUCAUGGCCCUUGUGCUUGGGGAGUCUGGCACAGAGGUCAAUGCAGUCCUCUUUGGAAGUGAGCUUACCAACCCCUUGCUACAGAUGCGCUGGUUUCUCCGGGAAACAGGGCACUAUCACAGUUUCACUGGAGAUGUAGUGGACUUCCUCUUUGUGGCUCUGUUCACAGGAGUGAGGAUUGGUGUGGGAGCUUGCCUCCUUUUCUGUGAAAUGGUCUCCCCCACGCCUAAGUGGUUUGUGAAGGCUGGGGGAGUAGCGAUGUAUGCUGUGUCUUGGUGUUUCAUGUUUAGCAUCUGGCGCUUUGCAUGGAGGAAGAGCAUCAAGAAGUACCAUGCUUGGAGAAGCAGGCGGAGUGAGGAACGGCAGCUGAAACACAACGGACAUCUCAAAAUACACUAGCCAAGGCUUGCUCCAGAUUAUGGAUUGGGUUAAGUCAGCCAUGGGAACCAGGUUGGAAAUAUGACUGUUACAUAAUCACACUUAUAACAAACUUAGGUUUCAAAAAAGGGCUAAAUGUAUUGAUCAAUUUGGUCAGUCUUCAAGCCGAGCAUAUACCAGUAUUAAAACACUAACUUCUACAGUAGCACAGUUGUAGAAAGUGAGAAUACUCCAUGGUAGUUGGGAAUAAGUCAGAACUGUGAAGUGAGUACAACUGGCAUUUGUUUUCAUUUGUGGUGACCCUGGGUCCUCCUGUCCCUGGGAGGUUUGAUGUUCAGGCAGUUUAGAAAGGAACUCGAAAAAGAUUAGUGCUAUUUCUUGUUCCUUUGAGAAGUAACUCUUUCAAUAAACACUUAUUUCUGCUUUCCAUAUAGCAAUUUAUCUAAGUUUACCCCAUUUACUAUAAAGUCAGGGGCUUUCAGGAAGAGACAUGCCUUUGACAUUCUGAACAUUAGAUCGGGGAAUUGGGUCGCUUAAACAGAGGGGCAUAGGAGGGUGAGAGUGAAACUGUGGCAGUGAGGGGGAGGGCUACUUACUGAACCUCCUAUACCAACUGUGCCAGAGGUGCCCAAGAUCACUGCCAGGUUCUGUAAUUCUCUGGGAAGACUCAGUGGACUCAGCAUAUAGUCUUACUUAUAGUUUUGAUUUAUUAUAGUGAAAAGAUACAAAGAAAAAUCGGUAAAAGGAAAAGGCACCUGAGACAAAGUCUAGGGUAAAGCAAGCACAAGUUUCCAGAGUCCUCUCCCAGUGGAAUCACACAGGAUGCACUUAAUUCCCCUAGCAGUGAUUUGUUACGACAUGUGAAUGAGUUGUCUACUGGACAAGGUCAUUACAGACUCAGUGCCCAAAUUUUUUACUGAGGACAGGUCAUCUAGGCAGCCUUUCCCUGGCAGAUAGCAAAAUUCAAGACUCUCAAAAGGAAAGCAGGUGUUCAGCAUAAGCCAUAUUGUUUGCACAAGCAGUUCAGACACAGUAAGCCAGUCUUAUCAGUUAAUUGUGGGAGCCCCUCCAAAAUCUAAGUUCCCAAAUGCCGGCCAGUGGCCAACCCUGUAAUCAGGCCUCUCCAAGGAUAGCAGUUUAGGCCUGCUAUGUUAACUCUUUUCUGCACAAAACCUAUAGAGUUAGGGCUUUGGAUUUGAGACGAAUGAAGUGUGGGUAGAUUUACUGAGUCCUGUUAUAUGGGUUCUGCCCUACCAGGAAAACUAUGCCAGUUCUCAGGGCUUUUGUGCAUUAAUCUCCUAGGCAUUUGAGGCUAUGACUAAAUUCCAUAGGGAUUUAUCAUGUGGAUUCCACUGUGCUUGAGAUGGCAGUUUAGAUUUCAGCUCUGCUGUACAUAUUGCAAACUAGAGCCAAAGACUUUAAAGUGUGUACUGGCCUCAGGGGGAUGAGGUUAAUUUUUUUUUUUCAUUUUAGAUACAUUCCCUUUUAGUACUCCUCCUACUCUUCUUAUUUUUACUAAAAAGGUACCACUCUGUGAACAAACUAAUAAAACAAGGCCAGUCUCGGAAGGAAAAAAAUAAUAAUUCUUAGUGUGACAGUCUCCAAGAGAAGCAAGAAUAUAAGCUUAGAACAAGGGGUUAAGAAUCCGGAAUUCCUGGGUUCUUUUAACUAAUUUUGCUACUCACUUGCCACUUUGGAGAGCUACUCACUCACUUUGGAUAGGUUACUUGUUUCUUCUUUGCCUGAGUUUAAACCUAUUGUGAAUGAAUGAAAUACCCUGUAGUGUAUUUCAUAGAUACAUUAUGCGGCAUUUUAUUAAUGGAGGUCUUUAAUGUAGGGCUUUUAUGGAAAUAUGAAGUAUUUAUGUAUUUAUUGAUUAUUUAUUUUUACCAUGUUAUUGAAGUCAAUGGUGUUUGAUUAGCUCAGUGGGUGAGCAAGCAUAUGGUGCUACUGGAGUCAAGGCUGGUCAGUAGGAAGCAUCAGUCCAUUCCAUGGCCACUGGUAAUCUAACGUAAUGAAUGGUGUUUUUUGAUGUUGUUGUUUUUUGAGA